UUAUUCACGUAAUACAUCUAUAGUCACUUCUUAUAUGUUAGCUGAAGGGCAAAUUGUGCAUAGCUGUUAAGUAACCCUGGUGCUAAAAUUCACACAUCACAUAGUCACCUGGGUGGAAGAAAAGGCUCUUAUUAAAAUCAUGCUGUAUUCCUAAAAAGCCCUAAAACACAUACAGAAACAUUUGAGGUUUAUUAAAAUACUGAUUUAUGUGAAGCCACACUAAGUUAAUGGGCAUUAUCAGUUAGUAUAGAUAUAGCUUCCAAAACAGGCAAACUAAAACUCUCCUUCAGUAAGAGCCACAAGUAACCCAGGAUUAAGAACAGAAGGUAAUGUGAGUCUUGCUGGUCCUAAAGCCUUUAACCUGAAUUUCAGCACAUCCAGUUACAGUUGUCAGCUGUUAUAGACACGUCAUCUCCCAGCACAAAUCAUUAGCAGAGGCAGUAGAUGUGAAGCUGUUUCCAUGGCUCAUGCAGUCCUGGAGCCUGCGUCAGAUCACCUCUGUUAGCAUUAAGAUCACAUUCUUAAGGCUGCUUGGUCUAACUCUGUCUACAACUCUUCUGAACGUGAGGCCAUUUCCAAGCGAGUGAAGCCUUUCCGUUCCCAGCUCUGGACUGAGGAGCAGAACAGAACUUGUUAUAGCUUCCUCUCCCAUCGUUCACAGGCAGUCAGGCUGAGGUCAGCUUCAUCCAUAGCAGUACAGGAGCCCACGUUAACCGGGUUUAAUGUUUACUGCAGACCUGGGUAAAGCCCACACAAAACAAAUAGCCAUAUAAUUACUGUGUCCAGGGCUGAUUGAGAAUACUUUGUAAUGUACUGAUUAUGUCAGUGCUCUCGUUUUCCCACAAUACCACUUAAUCAAUGCAGAGAUUGAAUAACGCUCAUCUCGACGUGGCUGAAAUACCAAAGACAAAGCUUGCCUGUGAAGUCAACAUGCCGAAUUUUAAUGAGUCAAUCGAGUAAAACUCUGGAAGAGACCCUCACCAGAGAAGGGUCUAAGAGGAAGAAGGGAAUUCCUGGAAAAGAUGACUGACACCAUUUGGCGAAGGAGCUAUGAUCCACUAGGCCGGCUGCGGACAACGAGUGGAUUCUAUUGGGACUGCACUUCAGUGACACCAAAAACAAAAGGUGCCACAAGGGGUCCAAGCACAAGGCAGGAAAGUGUUACAAGAAGUAAGAGAGGCUACAGUGACACAGGGGAAGGUACAAAUAUACACUGACAAAGAGAGUAGAUUAGAAACGGGUGUGGGUAAUGAACAAUCAAGCCAAUAGCGGGGACCGGCCACCAGGAGAUACGAGGAAGACAAGGAAGGUGAAGCAAGGCAUAACAAAAGCAGGGGGGAGAACCAGGAACCAAGGCGUAAACACAAAAAGCAACACGGAAAUAUAAAAACAAAUAUAUAUAACUCUGGGGAGAUGAAUGACUAAAAUAACCAACACCGACAGAGAUGGACUGAUUACAGCGGCCCUCUUAGCCCAUUUAGGCAGGCAGUGGCCUGGGGAAUAGAGGAACACCGGAAACACAAAAGGGUCCUAGAACUACAGGAACACAAUGAAGAGGGCAGGAUGGCCAACGACACCUGCUGGCCAAGCGGGGAGACGAGUGAGAAGGCAGGGGCAGACGAUGACACUGCAGCCUGGAAGGAGCCCAAGGUCAUGUGACAAGCUAUGGGCUGCAUCAGCAAACCCACCCCGCUCAGUCGAUGAGAGUGAUGGCAGCAUUUUACUCAGAUUCAGCUUGGUACUGUAUAGUAUUUCUGUGCUGUUACAGUGAUAUCAGGGCUAUUCAUUUUCUAGGCAUUUACUUCGACUUUUGUAUAGCAGGCCCUGGAAAGUGGAUCGGUGCAAACCCAUGAAAGAUGUUAGAAGCAGAUAAGCCUCCGUUUGUAAUCACUGAAGAUGACACUGACAUCUCUAGCAUCUCUGUCGACAGGCUACUGUUCCUGCUGAAAUUCAUGUCAUGUUGCCGCAUUACCCUCUGCCAGGACAGCAGGCAAAAUGGUGUCACUGUCUUCGCUGGGCUAGAUUAUCAUGUCAUGCCAGUCACUGCAGGCCGAACCUACUUCAGGAAUAUUACUUCAUUGAUUUCCAUUGGGCUAAAUAAAGUAAUCACUGACAUCUCCAAAAGCCCACUCAUCACUUGGUCUAGAAAUAAAACUUAGGACUUCACGUCUGGAGGUUACACAGAGGAGUACGCUCGACCUGGACCAUACGCUUGUUCCGUACCCUUGUGGAAAUACUUUAAAAUGAUAGCAGGGGGCAGAAUAUCCAUCGGCGUCACACACCACCAGGAUGCCCUGACCAACCGCACUGAUACCUACCCCAAAAAGGUGACUGAAGCUCCUACAUUAAUCACGGCUUCACACACCACCAGGAUGCCCUGACCAACCGCACUGAUACCUACCCCAAAAAGGUGACUGACGCUCCUACAUUAAUCAUGGCUUCACACACCUCCAGGAUGCCCUGACCAACCAAACCAAUACCUACCCCAAAAAGAAGCUGCUUCUGAAGAUCAGACAGUGUGUAAACACAUCACUGAUGCAUCUGGCGUCUGGUCUAUACGGGACCAUUUGGUGCUUAACGAUGGCAAGUACGCCUGGGCAGGGUAGAAAGCGAGCCUUCCUGCUCGUUCUGAGUAUCGUAUUAUGUCAGACCACGAGCAGCAGGUGCUUUUCCCGGAGCUGAUAAAGAAGAAACGGGACGGUGACCGUCUUACUGAAGGGGAGAUCCGAGAUUUCGUGAAUGCCGUCAGACACCAAACCAUACAGGAAAGCCAAAUAGGGGCUAUGCUUAUGGCCGUGUGGUACCGAGGAAUGGACGCCGGGGAGACGCAUAUCCUCACCCAAGAGAUGAUCCACUCUGGCGAAGUCUUGUGCUGGCCGCAGGAGUGGGCAGGCCUGGUGGUGGACAAGCACUCCACGGGCGGGGUGGGGGACAAGGUCAGCCUUCCCUUAGCACCAGCUCUGGCUGCCUGCGGCUGCAAGGUGCCGAUGAUCAGUGGGCGGGGCCUUGCGCAUACUGGAGGGACACUGGACAAACUGGAGUCCAUCCCUGGCUUCAGUAUCCACCAGUCUGCAGAGCAGCUGAGACACAUCAUGGAGGCAGUGGGCUGUUGCAUUGUGGGCCAGACGGAGAGCCUGGUGCCAACGGACAAGGUCCUGUAUGCUCUGCGAGACGCCACGUCCACCGUGGACAGCCUGCCGCUCAUCACCAGCUCUAUAAUGUCCAAGAAAGGGGCAGAAAGUCUGUCUGCGCUGGUGCUGGACGUGAAGUACGGGAAGGCAGCCCUGAGCCAGGACAUCAAAAGUGCCAGAGCCUUGGCCCAGUCCCUGGUGACCACGGGAAGCAGGUUAGGGAUGUGUGUGGGCGCCGUGCUCAGCAGGAUGGACAGCCCGAUUGGACACUGCGUGGGGAACACUCUGGAAGCGAUCGAGGCCAUCGAGUGCCUGAAGGGGCGGGGGCCCUCAGACCUGCUCGAGCUGGUUAUUUGCCUGGGGGGGUGUUUGCUGAAAAUGAUCAGUAAGGUGGACACCCUGGCCAGCGGGAAGGAGGAGAUCAGGAGGGUCUUGGAGAAUGGAGAAGCCCUAAGCAAGUUCCGGGCCAUGCUGCAGGCCCAGGGAACAGCUGCAGAGGUGGUUGAAUCCCUGUGCGCCACAGAUUCAGACUAUUUCAGUGUCCUAAAGAGAGCGAAGUUCAGGAAGGAACUGGAGGUCCAGGAAGGAGGUACGGUCCUGGAGGUGGACGCCAUGGCGCUGGCUCAGGUCCUGUAUAAGCUGGGGACGGGACGUGCGCAGGCUGGAGACCCCAUCAAUCACAGCGUGGGGGCGGAGUUACUCGUGCGGCUGGGCCAGCGAGUGGUCAGAGGAGACCCCUGGGUCAGGAUCCACUAUGAAACACCAGCCCUCACGUCGGAGCUAGAAACCAUCCUACAGGGGGCGAUAGUCAUCGGGAAGGAAGGCGAUCUCAACACGACGGCCCUGGUGACCGAGUUCAUCCCGUCUGACCUAGAGAAUUAGAAGAAUGUCCGUGAUACAGGAGGAUGAGAAUGUAUGAGCAGGGUGUGACCGUGAAGGAGCAGUGACACUGUAAGGAGCCUUAAUGCCGAAUCCCCUUAGCAAGAUAUGUGAUCAUCAUUACAAGAAAAUCGUAAAACAGCACUUAUGCUACUGCUUUACCACUUCCUAUAUUUCUGUCUCAUUUUAGUGAUCAUGUGCUGUAAUUAAAAAACUUUUUUUAAAUGUUUAAAAGUCGUUUAAGAUUCUUUCUAUAAACAUUUUUAAGCUUAGGCUCCAUCACUGCAGAAAAUGACUGGUUUUAGCCUGGGGGGGGGGGGGG